AACUCACCUCAACACCACCUGCUCAGCUCCUCGGGCAAUCAGCCGUAUCUUUCACACUCCAUUUCCUUUGCACUGCUAUAAAUUGACAAAAUGAGCGGACGGCGACAAAGAGGAGCGGGUAUCCGUGGGCCACACUCAGCGCUGACAGAUUUCCUGGCCGCAAACAACAUUUCCGCACAAGAGAUUCGUGAUUCGUACCAGCAACGUGUUCGGCAAGCCGAGCAGGACGCAGCGCAAGCCGGUAACAAUGAGGAAGGAUCUGCAAGUGCGGGUGCUGAGGACGAAGAACCUGAAGAAGACCUACAAGCAGAGUCAUCUGCAAUGGCAGCUGAACGUACUCGCAAACGGAAACGCGAUCAAGAUGAAGCUAUAGCGAAGAUCAAGAAGGGAAAAGCGGCCAAAAAGACCGCCAAGAAGAAGAAGAAAGGCCCAGAUGAUGACUCAGAUUUUGAAGAUGUUAUGGACAUGUACAAGAAGGCCAAACCUCUGCCUGGUCAGCUAGAGAAUUGCGAGAUCUGCAAUAAGCGGUUUACCGUCACACCGUACAGUAAAGCUGGUCCAGAGGGCGGUCUUCUUUGCACGCCAUGUGGCAAGGAAAUGGCCAAGGACGCUAAGGCAGAGAAGAAGGCCAACAAGCCUGUUGUGCGCAAGGGUCGAAGAAAGAUUGAGAGUAACCGUCUUGAUGGGUUGACUGUGCGUGGGCCAAAGACAUUGCAGCAACUCUGCAUUGAAAAGCUGGCAAAGCACUCAGAAGAUAUCGAAGAGCUGGGCGAGAUGCCGGAGUCGAUUAUGAAUCGCAUCAGCGAGAUCUUUUCGAAGAAGCGGGCAAUGAACCCUACGACGAUGAAACUCUUCCUGCAGCCUGACAUGGAAAAUGUUGCUAUUCAUGAGGCUGCAUAUCUCGAGACAGAAGAUUACGAUCAGAUAUUUGCAGUGUGUCCGACUGUCAAGCGCCUGUCACUCCGUAACUGCUGUCAGUUGAAGGACAGCAACAUUGACUAUAUGAUCGAAAAGGCCAAGGCAUUGGAAGAGAUUCAGCUGCUGGGAGCCAACCUGGUAUCAAACGACAAGUGGAUUGAGUUGUUUAUUGCGCGCGGUCAAGAUCUCAAGGCACUCAAGGUUGAGUGGCUGGAUGCAGCCUUUGACGACCAGGCCGUGAAGGCGCUUACUACCUUUUGUCCGAAACUUGAGCGGCUGAAGUUGGAGAGAUGCAAGAAGAUUGGUCCAGAAAGCAUCGACGCAAUUGCUGAACUAAAGCACCUCAAGCACCUCACUCUCCGGUUCUACGAUACCAUUACGCACGAGAAGCUAGUGCACCUGAUCGAUUCUGUUGGCGCGAAUCUGCAGACGCUGUGCCUAGAACACUUUGUUGACAAUACAAGCGAGCCGACUGAUGAUGUGCUGGAUAUCAUCCAUAAGCAGUGCCGGAAUCUCAGCAAGUUCCGUUUCACAGAGAACCACGAGUGCACCGACGCUGAAUACGUGAAGCUCUUCUCCAAGUGGGACAACCCACCGCUGCGCUAUAUUGACGUCAAUUCGACACGCGACAUGGACAACAGCAACCCGGACGGACCUCUAGAAUCGCCUGUCGGGCUUGCAAGCAAGGGUUUCCGUGCACUCAUGUCGCAUUCUGGCUCGCGGUUAGAGUAUCUCGAUGUCUCAUCGUGCCGGCACAUUUCGCAUGCUACUUUUGCAGAAGUGUUUGAUGGAGUACAGCAGUACCCUCAUCUACGCGAGAUCAACGUCUCGUUUUGCCCUGUAGUGGACACGGAAGUUGUGGCAGGGAUCUUCCGGUCGUGCCCUGCACUGGCCAAGGUAGUGACGUUUGGUUGCUUCGAGGUCAAGGACGUGGUUGUACCUCGAGGCAUUGUGCUGAUCGGGGCGCCCAAGGCACAGGACCAGAUUGAGCAGUUUGGUGAUGUGGUGUUUGACUUUGCAAAGGAGCUGGAACAGAACAUGGAUCAGAUGGGGGUCAUGGGUCGGGUUGUGCCUGUCAUUGGAUAGUGAUUUCUAAGAGGU